UCCAAGGUAUUCACUGUCAUGGUCUUGUGAAACUUGCUAACAGCUGUGAUGGAGAUACCCUCGCUCCUUUCCUCUCCCUGCCUAGACAGGCAGUGCAUCGUCUAGCGUAUUGUUUUACUUAUCGUUAAUUACAGCUAUGCUAACAUAGUGUGAUUUUUAUCUGUAAAUCACCUAUCCAUCAAUAAUACUCAUCUCAUUGCAGGAUACUGUAAUACCCUGAAAAUUUGUACAUAGAUAUGAUUACUAAAUAACUCAUCAUUUCACCAGUGGAGAAACAUGUUUUUAUUUUUACAAGUUUGGAAGUAUUACAGUAUCCCGUACUUAGACAAGUAGUAUUAAGCAUUGCACAAUGUUAGCAUUACUGUAAUUAACAACAAAUAAAAUAAUAGCAUAUAUACAUGAUACCUUGCCUGUCUGGGUGGGAUGAGGAAGCAAAUUAGCUCUUUGUAAAUUUCACAUCAAGAUCAUGACAGUGAACACAUAGGAUUGUACUGCAUGAUUUUGACAAAGAAGAAGAAGAAAAAAAGAGGUUAUUGAAAAUGCCACACACUUGAAUUACAUCUCACAGUUACACAAAGCCUCAAGUUAAUAAGUGUACUUUAUUGAACUUUUUAUGCUUUGAAUAGCUUGUACUUUUGUCUUUAGUGUAUUUGCAGAAACUCAUAUUACACACUGUACUUCCUCACCAGAGAACAGAGCACAUUUAUCUAGUUAUCUUGUGUCUCACAGAACACUAUAGGCACAAAUUCUCCUGUCUGGCAAAGCAUGAAGUCUUAAAUGUGGUGCACUAUUUCCACUCACGUGCUAGCCAGUCACUAUAGGUGUCCACACUUAUGCAGAGCACAGUCACUUGGACAUAGAUGCAGAACUCAGAAGGGUAGAUAUGGGUACCACAAACCUCAGCACAGCUGCCCAGAACAAGUACUUUGCACCCUCACAUGCAAGAGAUGAAGACAAGCACAUAAGGACAAGACACAUCUCCAAAUUUAGUGGUAGAGCUGUAAAUGAACACAGCAACAUUCUCUCAAUUGCACUUCCCAUCAGAUGGUAAUGCUCAGCCACAGGAUGUCCUUCUUCAGGUGUACCUCAGGUAUCACAACAGACACCUUUCAGAGUUUCCACCAAUCUCAGCAACUAGGAGAUUCCACAGCCAGCUAUGACAUCUAUCCUCUGUGGUCUUCCUCCAGGCCAGCAUUCCUUCUGUCCUAUACAGCAUCUUGCGCAGGCCACCACAUGUCCAGAUGACCCUCACUUCACAGACUUAGUAAGGCAAGCUGAGACAUCCAUAGAGACUGGGAUUUACCCAGAGAGGAUAUACCAAGGAUCCAGUGGAAGCUACUUUGUUAAAAACAGCACUGGGAAAGUCAUUGCUGUGUAUAAGCCAAAGGAUGAGGAGCCAUAUGGACGUCUUAACCCCAAGUGGACCAAGUGGCUCCACAAGGUUUGCUGUCCCUGCUGCUUUGGUCGUUCCUGCCUUGUACCCAACCAGGGAUACCUGUCAGAAGCGGGAGCAUCCUUGGUUGACCAAAAGCUGCAGCUCAAUGUUGUUCCUAAAACUAGGGUAGUCAAAUUAGCAAGUGAAACUUUCAAUUAUACAAGAAUAGACCGAGAGAAAUCCAGAGCUAAGAAGAUGGUGUCUGAAAGGUUCCCCAAAGUUGGUCGCCACUUCCACAGAAUUGGACUUCCUCCUAAAGUUGGAUCCUUUCAAGUAUUUGUUGAGGGCUACAAGGAUGCAGAUUACUGGCUGCGGCGCUUUGAGGCUGAGCCACUGGGAGAAACUACCAGCAAGCAGUUUCAGCUUCAGUUUGAACGGCUGGUCAUUCUGGACUACAUCAUUAGGAACACUGACCGUGGGAAUGACAAUUGGUUAAUUAAGUAUGAGAAGCCAGAGUUGGCUGAAGAAGGGGAAGGGGAGGAUUGGUCAAUGGUAAAGCCUCCUGAGGUGAGAGUGGCAGCUAUAGACAAUGGUUUGGCCUUUCCCUUCAAACACCCAGACUCAUGGCGUGCCUACCCUUACCACUGGGCUUGGCUUCCUUGGGCCAAGAUUCCCUUUAGCACUGAAACAAGGGAACUGGUGCUGCCUCCUUUGUCAGAUAUGAACUUUGUCCAAGAACUCUGUGAUGACAUGUAUAAUUUGUUCCAGACUGACAAGGGAUUUGAUCGUCACAUCUUUGAACGUCAGAUGUCCGUCAUGCGAGGACAGGUCCUAAAUUUGACCCAGGCCCUACGGGAUGGCAAGAGCCCUGUGCAGCUGGUCCAGAUGCCUGCAGUCAUCGUUGAAAGGUCUAAAGGUCGAGUGGGCACCACAGCUCGCUUCAGGUCCUUCAGUGACACUUUUACACAGUCAUUCCAAGAGAAGAGUCCAUUCUUUUCAUGGUGCUGAGGUCAGAACAGCUGUCAUUUUUUUUAUAUUGGAAUUAAUUUCAACAUGACUAUUAUGUGAACUUUUGGGAUAGUGUGUAAUGUUGGAUAGAGUUUGAUUUUUAUAUGGUAAGAAUUUUACUUGUAGGAAGUGCAUUGAGAUUUCAAGUAUAUCAAGGAACUCAUAUUAUAUACUCUUUUUUUUUUUUCUUGUUUGUUUAGGGUUGCCAGCCUUAUACGAAAAGUGAUGUAAAAGAAAAUAUUAAAUUUCAUUUGUAAAUCUAAUUUGGAUUUUUGGUAAGUUAUGGAUAAGCAUGAUCAUUCAUUGAGUUAAAAGUGAAGUGAACUGCUCCUAUCAGCAUUAUGUCAGGUAAGUUUUGAAAUGAAUAAGUUCUAUUGAAAAUUAACAUAACCAACAUACCAAUGAAUAUCUGACUUUGUAAAUGACCACCCACAUUAGUUCUAAAAGUUAAUGUGAUUUGGCAUUAUAGAGAUCAAAAACAAGUUUGGUAUGAAUGUUUUAUCACUGUUAUUAUCUUAACACCAGUCUUCACAUUUGCAUAAUUUUAUUGUGUUACCAUCAUCUUAAUACACGUAUGAACAACUUGAGUAGUGUGAUGUAGGUGGGGAUGUAAUUCACUCACAUUGAGUCAUUACUUCAUUGACAUUGUGUACAUACCACUUUCAGGUCUUUGCAAUGAUGGUCCCCAGUGUAUGUGUUAUUGUAGGUUCCUUAUCCAGUUGUUUUACUUCUGUACACUGUCGACUUAUUAUCAUUACUGUUAAAAAUCAGUGAUUGAUGAGACAUGUUUAUGGUCAGUACUGAGCUGGCAAUCGUGGUUCAACCCUCCAUAAUGCACUGUGAUAACUUAAUAAACCAACUUCAUCUC